UUCACACCGCGCAUGCUCACAGAAACACAUCUGACCCGUCUCUUGCAAUCGAUCAGCGAGAGGAAGAUGGCGGUGAGAGUCAACAUCACAUGAUCGAUCGCCGAAAAACUCGAUCGGGGAUUUUCUAUCUAACCGAGACAAGCGCUCCAAAACACGACCAAGACCAGCCAUUUCACAUCGCAUUGAAGAAGCGACUAUAUAUACGACAUUCCGUGGAGUUACAGCCAAAGUCAAAAAGCCUUGAAGGGCAAUGGAGUUCCCUUGGCAUAGUGGGAAGGUUCUGGAGCAGCUGAACCACCAGCGCAAGCAGGGCCUGCUGUGUGACUGCACCUUUGUUGUGGAUGGAGUUGACUUCAAGGCCCACAAAUCCGUGCUGGCGGCCUGCAGCGUGUACUUCCGCACGCUCUUCUUGGACCAAAAGGACGUGGUGCAUCUGGACAUCAGUAAUGCCGCAGGUUUGGGACAAGUCCUGGAAUUCAUGUACACAGCCAAGCUGAGUUUGAACCCUGGUAAUUUAGAGGAUGUGAUGGCGGUUGCUAACUUCCUGCAAAUGCAAGAGAUUAUAAACGCUUGUUCUGUGUACCAGUCAGUGGCAAAUCCAGCUCCAUCUCUUAUCACAUUGGAUAUUGUCGGAGAAAAAACAGAUGAUAAACAGUCAGGAGAGAAGCAUGACUGUAACUUGGCAGAAGUGGCGUUACAAGCAGAGCUUAGUCCCUCCAGAACACCCAGGGAAGACAGUAACAAGAGCACAGAACAUCAGGACCUUACUGAAGAAAAUGAAGACAUCGGCGUUCAAACGACAAAGCCUGCCAAAACCAUCACCACUGCUGCUCAAAGGAGGAUGCUUGUAAAGGAGGAGGAGGAUGGCGCUGCACAGGAUGCACCCACAAUGGAGGCCGACGCUGCUGAUAAAGACUACACACCCCAUAAACCGAUCAAAUCAGUCACCACCCCCAUUUUUACAAGCUCUCGUGGUAGACGGAUUCGAAAACCUCCCCAAAGAAACUUCCCACCUGAAGACGACACAGAUGAUGAAGGAACAAAAAACAAAGUCCAGCAGAUGACCGACUCAACAGAGGAGACCAGACCAGACCAUGAGAAUGAAUGUGAGGAUGAGGCAGAUGAGGAAGACAUGGCACCUGAAGAAGAAACCACUCAUCCGAUGGACAGACCGGUUCACCCCACGGGUUUCACCAACCGAUCCGAAUCCAAGCCAUACAGCUCAAUGACACACAAAUGUGAGGACUGUGGCAAGAAAUUCACACAUACUGGGAAUUUCAAAAGACAUAUGCGUAUUCACACGGGAGAGAAGCCCUUCACAUGUCGAGACUGCAACAAGGCCUUUUCUGACCCAGCGGCUUGUAAAGCUCAUGAGAAAACACACAGUCCACUCAAGCCAUACAGCUGCUUGACAUGCGGAAAGAGCUACCGGCAGAUCAGCCUGCUCAACCUGCACCGCAAGCGGCACACCGGAGAGGCACAGUACAGCUGUGAGGUGUGCGGAAAGCUCUUCACCACGUCAGGGAACCUGAAGCGCCACCGGCUGGUGCACAGCGGUUUGAAGCCAUACCAUUGCGACUACUGUGAGAAGGCUUUCUCCGACCCCACUGCCAAGAUGCGACACCUGGAGACACACGACGCCAACAAGGCCAACAAGUGUCCACACUGCGACAAACGUUUCAAUCAGAUUGGAAAUCUGAAGGCUCACUUAAAAAUCCAUAUCGCAGAUGGGCCCCUGAAGUGCAGAGAAUGUGGCAAACAAUUUACCACCUCAGGAAAUCUGAAGCGACACUUACGGGUCCACAGCGGGGAAAAACCAUACGUCUGCGUGCACUGCCAAAGAGCUUUCAGUGACCCAGGGGCUCUGCAACGACAUGAACGCAUCCACACAGGGGAGAAACCUUGUGUCUGUCCCACCUGUGGCAAAGCCUUCACGCAGGCCAGCUCCCUCAUUGCACACGUCCGCCAGCACACUGGAGAGAAACCCUUUGUGUGUGAUCGUUGUGGUAAAAGAUUUGUACAGUCCAGUCAACUGGCUAAUCACAUUCGCCACCAUGACAAUGUCCGCCCUCAUCAGUGUCAAAUGUGUAACAAGGCCUUUGUUAAUGUGGGAGACCUUUCAAAACACAUCAUCAUUCACACCGGCGAGAAACCAUUCCUGUGUGAUAAAUGCGGCAGGGGGUUUAACCGCGUGGACAAUCUGCGCUCUCACGUCAAGACCGUGCACCACGGCAAAGCUGGCAUGAAGAUGCUGGCUGGAGCUGGCAGCAGCACAGGCGAGGGCGCCGAAGGCUGUGCUGAGGCGUCUACCUCCGACAGCGAGAUCAACAUAGUAACUGUUAGCGAGGACAUUGUCACACUGGCGGCGGGAACCCUGUCAGGCAGCGCUGUAGCUCAGCUAACAGUGGUACCAGUGGAUGCAUCAGUGUGUGCUGAUGAAACAGAAGCUUUGAAAGCAGAAAUUACCAAAGCUGUAGAGAAAGUGCAAGAAGCAGACCCCAACACCCAGAUACUUUAUGCCUGUGAUUCAUGUGGUGAUAAAUUCCUGGAUGCCAGUUCGCUAGCUCAGCAUGUACGCAUCCACACAGCACAAGCCUUGGUCAUGUUUCAAGCAGACUCCGACUUCUACCAGUACACCACAGUCACCACUGCUGAGGGUGAGACCGCUACGGCAUGGACCCCCACCACCGAACAUGUCAUCCAGGAAGAAGGGCUCAUCUUUCGUGGCCAAGAGGGAGAUGUGGAAGAGGGGAUUGUGGGCAAGCCACAAGAAAGAGGAGUGGUUCAUACGAAGAAAGGGGAAGAUGGGGAAGUGGAAAUGCCAGGUGAUAUCCAGGCAGGUGAAAAAGCUGAAACUGAGACGGAGCUGAUUGUGUGUGCAGUUCAAGUGUAGUCAUGUUUAAAAGUUACUUGGACUAUACUCCAGUGGAUGCAAUACAAAUGAUACAGCCUAAAUUGUACAUUAUUACAGCAUAUUUACGUUUAGACCCAACUAAAGCUGUAUCAUUCUCCCCAUGGCAUUCAUCUCACGUAUGUACAUUUUUCUUUUAAAUAUAUAUAUAUAUAUAUAUAUUUUGUGUCGUAUUUUCCUAAAUUAACAUGAUUUGUUACGCAUUGUAUGUCUAUUCUGUUUUUAUUAUUAUUUAUUUUGUGCCCGAAAGUCUUAACUUGUUUGUUACAACAUAAUCCUUAUACCUCUCGAAUAAACAGUAGUCACUG